CUAAAAUCAGCUGAUCGUGGUGGGGGCUCCGGCGCGUCGCAGUAGAAUCGUGCUUGUUUAGCGAGGAAUAGCGCAAGUUAUCUCAGUAUUUGUGGUUUAACUACUACAUAAGGUCCGAAUUUGCGCUGUCCGCUGCAGAUGUGAGAUGGCGACCUCCCCGGCGGCCGACGUCGUGGUGACGGGCACCCCCAGCAGCGUGCCGGCCGACGGCGACGACUUCCUGGCGCUAGAUGCGCCCGACGAGGACAAGGACUUUAGUCUGCUGAUCGAGUCGAGCAAGACAGGGGACCUGAGCAGCGCCCUGCGCUGUGAUACCGGCGCGCCGACCAAACGCAAGAAGACGCGCCGCGGUAAGAAGAAACAGCGCCACGGUCCAACAGAUGGCGGCACGAGUGCCGGCGCGUCGGGAAAAGAUGGCGCCACCAUUGCGCGGCCAGGCGACGAGGCCGUUGCUGCGCCGGCUGGCGACGAGCAGGCCACGCCGGCCGUUCCCCAUAAGAAGCCGCGCCUGAACCGGCGCCAGCGGCGGCGGCGCUCGGGCCGGCAGCCGGCGCCAAUCCUUCGGCCGCUGGAGGUGCCGCGCGCGCCGCUCAAUUCCACAUCGUUCAUCAUCGACGACCACGAGAACUCGGCAUUCUACAUCGAUUUCGACGCGGUGGCGCGGCGCACGCCCAACGGCCCGUCGGACGGCGGCUCGCAGCUGGAGUCGUCGACGGCAGACGACGAGGACGAGGAGGAGGCCGCCUACCAGUUCUCAAUGAAGGACUUUGAAAACGUGUACCGCCACGCGCGUGAGGAGGAGCUCAGUCAGCUGGAGCGACCCGAACUGGUCGAGUGCGUGCGCUCGUUGGAGACACGCGUGCGCGAGCUUGAGGCGCAGCUCACCCUGUAUGACCCCGAGGUGUGGGUGACGAACCUGCAGAACCAGCUGUUGCACCUGCAGGAGGAGAACCGCCUGCUGAACAAGACGCGGGAGGCGUUACAGAAGAAGUACGGCAACGAAACAUGAUCGCGCGCACCGUCAGUCACCACGUCGACUGCGAAGGAGUCUCGGGCUGUGUCUCAUGUACAUACCAUUAUUCGUGUAGCGUUAGAGCUUGGUAGACAUUCUGCAGAGGGAGAUUAAUGUUUAUGCCCCCAUAUCCCAUAUUGUUAGCAGUGUGUGAGAGCGGCUGUGCGAGGUUGCGGACGUAUAGCUCAGCUUAUGAGUGGGAAGCGUUCCAAGGUAUUACCUGUCUUGCCUUCUGUUCACCCCUGUGACAGUGUCUGAGGGACUCGAACACGUCAGUCAUGGGCGUGCGUGAGAUGUGUGGUUCCGUUUUUAACUCGCAUCAGCAAACACUGUCUCGCAUCACCGGUGGGUGUGUGGCGUGCGACGGCGGCCGGACUCGCGCGCAGCCGGUGCCGCGGUGCUCGUGCGGUGUCUUCAGUCGACCUCGGUCGGCUGGAGGUGGACGCUCGACCUCUGACCGCCCUCCGCGGCGCCCGGCGGCACCAACAACAGGCCCGACACGACCCGUGUCUCGUCCCGGUCCCCGUACAGACCGGCCUUAGCCACGGAACGCAACACGACGGCCGAACGAUUGCCACGCUGCGGGCGCCCGUCGCUCUUGCUUUGUGCUUGUUUUGCUGCCCUGGUCCGCGUGUUUUUUUGGGGGACUGUCUGCGACCGACAGCUCCCUGUCAUUUCUCCCACCGUGCGUCUGGUGCUGUCCGGGGUUCGUUUGAAAACGUCUGGUUUCCGUCGAGUGCUUUGUGUUUAUUUAAUCGAUCGUUUUGUAUGCAACAUGGCCAAAUGACCUCUUUAAAGUUUGCGGGCAUCGAUUUCCCACCAAAUUGUGUACACCAGAUUUCUCGUCUUUUUCUUUCACAAUCGGGGCUGAUGGCAUGUUGCAUUGAACGCGUUUACUCUUAAGACGGUAUGUAUAUAUUUGCGCACCUGGUGCAGCGGUGUUACGUGCUAGAGUGACCAUGCGUGUGUUUUAGCUGGGUUGGAAUACACAAGA